CUUUAUGAGUCUUUUAAAACUCAUGCAACGAUGAAAGUAGCAGAGCGGAGAGAAGGAAUAGAACACUUCUUAAAUAUGAAGAAAAUACUUAUAUUUUCUUGGUUGCUAACACUAGGAAUACUGUUAGUAUGUCCGGUGAACGCAAUUCCGGCGUCAUCGGAAUACGAAAGUAGUAAGGGAAGAGGCGAGGAUGAUGAUAUUGGUUAUGGAUACAGGGUGAAGUGGGCAGAGUUUGAUGAGAAUGGCAAGUCACUGAAUGCCAGGCUAAAGGUUGUGAAGAGUACCCCUGUUUAUGGACCUGAUAUUAAGUUCCUCAGCCUUACUGCUAGCUUCGAAUCAGACGAAAUACUAAGAGUCCGAAUCACCGAUGCUAACGACCAACGUUGGGAACUCCCUGAACAAGUGAUCUCUCAAUCACUACCCAAAAAAUCUAUGACCUCUCCAUCAUCUCCCUUAUCUUACUCCCCAUAUCCCCGCAACUUACGCCUUUCUUCCUCUUCCUCCGACCUCACAUUCAACCUCCAACGUUCCAACCCCUUCGGUUUUUCCAUAUCUCGUAUUUCCACAGGUGAAGUUAUCUUUGACGCAACUCCUAACCCACCUAAUCCCAACACUUUCAUCAUCUUCAAAGAUCAAUACAUCCAACUCUCAUCUUCUCUCCCGGCCCAACAUGCCCACCUUUAUGGGCUUGGUGAGCAUAUUAAGCCCACUUUUAAGUUGGCCCAUAACCAGACUUUUACUAUGUGGAAUGCUGAUAUUCCUAGUAGUACUCCUGAUGUUAACCUUUAUGGGUCCCACCCUUUUUACAUGGAUGUUAGGUCUGCUCCUGUGGUGGGGUCCACUCAUGGUGUGCUGUUGUUGAAUAGUAAUGGGAUGGAUGUUGAGUAUAGUGGAGAUAGGAUUACUUAUAAGGUUAUUGGGGGUAUUAUUGACCUUUACUUUUUUGUUGGGCCUACUCCGGCCCAAGUUGUGGAGCAGUUUACUCGCCUUGUUGGACGUCCUGCACCUAUGCCUUAUUGGGCUUUUGGUUUUCAUAAUUGUCGGUAUGGUUAUCAUGAUGUGUAUGAACUCGAGUCUGUGGUUGAUGGAUAUGCGAAAGCCAACAUUCCUUUGGAAGUAAUGUGGACAGAUAUCGAUUACAUGGAUGCCUUCAAGGAUUUCACAUUUGAUCCUGUAAAUUUUCCUUUACACAAGAUGCAACAAUUAGUUAGUAAGCUUCACAAGAAUGGCCAAAAAUAUGUGCCUAUUGUUGAUCCUGGUAUUAGUACAAAUGAUACAUAUGGAACUUUCAUCAGGGGAAUGGAACUUGAUAUCUUCAUCAAGCGUGAUGGUAAACCAUACCUUGGGUCUGUUUGGCCAGGGGAUGUGUACUUCCCUGAUUUUUUGCACCCUUCUACUUCAGCUUACUGGACAGAUGAGAUGAAGAGAUUUUUAGAUCAACUUCCUGUUGAUGGAAUUUGGAUUGACAUGAAUGAAGCCUCAAAUUUUAUUACUUCUGAACCCACCCCAGGAUCUACCCUUGAUGAUCCACCAUAUAAGAUCAAUGAAUACGGAGUUCAACGACCGAUUAUCAACAAAACUAUACCACCAACAGCUGUGCACUACGGUAACAUUAUGGAGUACGAUGUACAUAACCUAUUUGGACACCUUGAAGCUAAAGCCACCCAUGAUGCACUUGUUGAAGUCACUAAGCAAAGGCCAUUUGUGCUGUCUAGAUCAACUUUUGUUGGGUCUGGAAAGUAUACUGCACACUGGACAGGAGAUAAUGCAGCAACUUGGGAUGACCUUGUUUACUCAAUUCCAUCUAUCUUGAACUUUGGGAUCUUCGGAAUUCCAAUGGUGGGAGCAGAUAUUUGUGGUUUUCUUGGGAACACGACUGAAGAGCUUUGUCGUAGAUGGACACAGGUAGGGGCAUUUUAUCCUUUCGCGAGGGAUCAUUCAAACAUCGGUACCUUGUAUCAAGAACUUUAUAGAUGGGACUCUGUUGCUGCAACUGCAAGAAAAGUGCUGGGUCUUCGCUACCGUCUUCUUCCCUACUACUAUACAUUGAUGUACAAGGCGCAUGUUACGGGAAUCCCUAUAGCAAGACCUCUAUUUUUUACUUUUCCUGCAGAUGUUAGGACUUACAGUAUUAACUCACAGUUUCUCAUUGGUGAAGGAGUCAUGGUGUCACCUGUUCUGAAAUCCAAUGCAGUGUCUGUUAUCGCAUAUAUCCCAAAAGGAAACUGGUUUGAUCUAUUUGAUUACUCUCGUUCAGUAUACGCUGCUAGAGGAAGACAUGUUAAACUCAGUGCACCUCCUGAUCACAUCAAUGUUCAUGUUCAUGAAGGUAAUAUUCUUGCCAUGCAAGGGGAAGCCAUGACAACUGAAGCAGCACGCAGGACACCGUUUCAUCUCUUGGUAGUGAUGAGCAGUGCUGGAGCUAGCACUGGUGAACUCUUCCUUGAUAAUGGUGUUGAUGUAAUGAUAGGUUCACAGGGAGGAAAUUGGAGUUUUGUGAAAUUUUCUGCUGAAUUAUCAGAAGAGAGUUUAAGCAUUAAGUCAAAGGUCGUUAAUGGAGAAUUUGCAAGGGGGCAGAAGUGGAUCAUCAAUAAGUUUACUAUCUUAGGUUUGAAAAGUGGAAUCAAUGUUAAGGAGGGUAUCUUAAGGAGUGGUGUUGGAACUGUUAAGGACAAUGGAACUAGACUAACAACUACUCUGGACAACAAUGGAAAGUUCCUAAUUCUUGAAUUUUCAGGUUGGGAAGUUCUAAUUGGACGUGAGUUUAAGUUAGAACUGAACUUAGAACUUGGGAAGAUUUCUACAUAUCCUAAAAAUUACUUAUAACUCCUGGAAGUAUAUGCUUUACUUCCAUUUAGUGCUAAGUUGUGACUGGUGUUUUUUGGACUGUAUUCACUUGAAUAAAAUCGAAUAAUUCUACUUUGCA